AUGGCCGGCGAUGGUGAUGAUGGUUCAGCGGAUAUCAGCGACGCCCUGCUGUACUCUUUUAUCUUCGUCGUAAACGUGUUACUCGCCUUCGUCGUCGGAUUUCUGGGAGUCGUCUUUAAUCUCAUCAACGUCGUGACCUUCAUCAAAAUGGGUCUGUCGGACAACACCAACAUCUCCCUGCUGAGUCUGGCCGUGGCGGACAUCGGGGUCUCGCUGACGAUGAUUGGCUACAGCGUCGUGUACAACCCUUUGAUCCUCGAGGCCACCCCCAUCGACCUGAUACGAGCCGUCAACUACACCAUCCAGGGCUCGUGUCACAUUCUGUUUUCCCGCAUCGCCGGCUGCCUGACGGCGUUCAUCACGGUUGAGCGGUUUUUGUGCAUCGCGUUUCCGUUACACGUCAGAGCCAUCGUCACGCCCCGGAGAACAUCCAGCGUCGUGGUGUUCAUCUACGCCUUCCUCACCGUUUGCACGAUCCCAUUUUACGUCGCCAACCAGAUCGGACAAAGGUAUGACCAGGACUCCAACAGGACGACCUACGGGCUUGUCGUCGCCCCGAACGCUGAUCACCUCGAGGGCUUUACGUUGACCGUGAACAGCGUCGCCCAGAUGACGUCCUUCGCGUUGGUCGUGGUGUCCACCUUGGGCUUGAUUCGGUCGCUGCUGAAGGUAUCCAGAUGGAGGUCGUCCGCCUCCUCGUGCAGCUCACACCAGGAGGUGCGCGUCCGCGAGAACCAGCUGGUCAAGAUGACCCUCCUCAUAGCAGCAGUGUUCAUAGCCUGCUCCCUGCCAACGGUUGUCGGCAACCUGGCCAUGCUGUUUCUGAAAGAUUUUAACAUCAAAGGGAGGUCUAAAAAUAUCUUUGUUUUCAUGUUUGUUAUAUUCUUUAUGCUCGACUCCAUCAACUCCACCAUCAAUAUGUUUAUCUACAUCAAGAUGAGCUCGAAAUUUAAAGUACAGUUGAUUUCAUGUUGUAAACGAACGAUGAAGCAGUGA